AUGGCAAAAGCUGCAGCAGGAACUGAUAACCCUGCUACCCCAACCGCUGUCCGGAUCGUUGUGGCCGGAGACCGUGGCACUGGGAAAUCGAGCUUGAUUGUGACUGCUGCAACCGAGAACUUCCCAGCAAAUGUGCCUCCGCUGCUGCCCCCAACCAGGCUGCCUGAAGAUUUCUACCCUGAACGCGUGCCCAUCACCAUUAUCGACACAUCAUCUCGACCGGAGGAUAAUAGUAAAGUUGCUGAAGAAUUGAAGCGAGCUGAUGCAGUUGUGCUCACGUAUGCUUGUGAUCAGCCUCAGACUCUUGAUCGACUGAGUACCUUCUGGCUUCCAAAACUUCGUCAGCUAGAGGUGAAGGUACCUGUUAUAGUGGUCGGUUGUAGGCUGGAUUUGAGAGAUGAGAACCAACAGGUGAGCCUGGAACAAGUGAUGUCACCAAUAAUGCAACAGUUUCGGGAGAUUGAGACUUGCAUUGAGUGUUCAGCGUUUAAACAUAUUCAGAUCCCUGAGGUCUUUUACUAUGCACAAAAAGCUGUUCUUCAUCCAACAGGCCCAUUAUUUGAUCAGGAAACACAGACUUUGAAGGACCAAUGUGUGCGAGCCUUGAAGCGGAUUUUCAUUCUUUGUGAUCAUGACAGGGAUGGUGCCCUCAGUGAUGCAGAGUUGAAUGAUUUCCAGGUUAAAUGUUUCAAUGCUCCAUUGCAACCUUCUGAGAUAGUGGGUGUUAAGAGGGUUGUGCAAGAAAAGUUACCGGAAGGAGUCAAUGAACGCGGGCUUACAUUGACAGGAUUUCUCUUCCUUCAUGCACUAUUUAUAGAAAAGGGACGUCUAGAGACAACGUGGACUGUCCUCAGGAAGUUUGGAUACAAUAAUGAUAUAAGACUUGCAGAUGAACUAAUCCCAUCUCCUACGAAACGGACUCCUGAUCAGAGUGUGGAGAUGACAAAUGAAGCAAUCGACUUUCUAAGGGUAACCUUUGACGUGUUUGACAGUGACGAAGAUGGGGCCCUACGACCACGUGAACUUGAUGAACUAUUUUCUACUGCUCCAGCAAGUCCGUUUAGUGAAUUGCCAUAUACGGAUGCUGCAGAGAGAAAUGCAUUUGGGGGGUUAUCACUUGAUGGAUUUUUGUCACAGUGGGCCCUCAUGACACUCCUAAACCCAGCUUCUACGAUGGAGAAUCUGAUAUACAUUGGUUAUCCUGGUGAUGUUUCAUCCACAAUCCGUGUGACUAGGAAGAGGCGUUUAGACCGCAAGAAGCAGCAAUCGGAAAGAAAUGUUUUCCAAUGCUUCGUUUUUGGUCCAAAGAAGGCUGGGAAGUCUGCACUAUUGGAUUCAUUUCUUGGAAGGCCAUUUUCUGAUAAUUAUAAUCCAAACACUGAGGAGCGUUAUGCAGUUAAUGUUGUUGAUCAACCUGGGGGAAUCAAGAAAACCCUAGUGUUGAGAGAGAUUCCUGAAGAUGGAGUUAGCAAAUUGCUGUCAAGUAAAGAGGCUCUGGCUGCUUGUGACAUAGCUGUGUUUGUUCACGACAGUUCUGAUGAGUUGUCCUGGACGAGAGCAACUCAGUUGCUGGUAGAAGUUGCUAGUCAUGGUGAGGAUACUGGCUUUGAGGUUCCUUGCCUCAUUGUUGCAGCUAAAGAUGAUAUGGAUUCAUUCCCAUCGGCCAUACAACAUUCUACGAGGGUUAGCCAAGAUAUGGGAACAGAGGCUCCUAUACCUAUCAGCACAAAGUUGGGUGAUUUGAAUAAUUUAUUUCGUAAAAUUGUAAGUGCUGCAGAGCACCCUCAUUUGAGCAUUCCUGAAACUGAGGCCGGGAGGAGCCGCAAGCAAUACCACCGGCUCAUAAACCGCUCACUUAUGGUUGUUUCAGUGGGAGCUGCAGUGGCCAUUGUUGGACUGGCAGCUUACCGUGUCUAUGCUGCAAGGAAGAAUGCCUCCGGUUAG